GAGCCGUAGUCGUAGUUGCAACGGCACUGUGUACACUUUUGUAGUUGCGGCCGCCGUCUCCCACUUACUACCUAGGUUGGUAGUGAUGCUGCAGCACGGGCCGAGUCACCGUUGUGUAGCGACCAGACGACGUCCCGUCCCAGAUGUUGGCCUAGGCUUGCUACAGCCAGCUUCAAGCGUCUGCGACCUCACUUGGACCCUUUGAUACUCCGCAAUUGCUCUCUGCCUUGGCUUACAUUCAUUCCCUGCCGUAUUGCUUCACCUUACACGCUCUCUACGGCCCCGCUGUGCGCCCGUUUGACCGCCCUGUCCAUAUUCGCGACCGCCACACAGCCCCGCCUACCACCAUCCCACGAGUACAUCCCACGAUACGUCAACGUUCAUUACGACAGCUCAUGAGGAAGGGGGAGGCUUCUCCUGGAGAGAUUCCGGCAUGCAAUGCGGUUAGCACAUACGCCGCCCAGUCAAUCUCAUGACGCCCCCAGCGCGCUCUACAAACCAAGGCGACGCGCCAUCCGCCGACCAACCCACGUUACUUGCCCCCGUGCGAAGUAGAGAUGGCCGCUCUCUCCCCGCAGCUGCCUCCAGCAUCAUGGCUGGCUCGAGGAGCGGGGCCUCGUAUGCCACGACAGGUGCUGCUCCUGGGAGCUUCAGCUCGCAGCUCAGGCCUUUCCCAACCCACGAUGGCAGACUUCGGCCAGACUUCGAUACGCAUGCCAUCAUCGUUGGCGAUGACCGCUCGACGACCACAGAGGAGAGGCAAGCAGAAUUGCAAGACCAGAUCGAGAAAGAGACGAAGAUAAAGAUUGGAUCCGAGAACCUUCUGGAGGCGCUGAAUAUGAAGAGCGCAAAGCAAGCAAAAGAACAGCGACUCGAGGUGGAGCGCCAGCUCAAUAUAUCCAACAGCAAGCUUGCACAUCUCAAGUCGGCACUGGAGGCCGAGAAGCAGAGGGCGAAGGAUAUCAAAUCGCCACCGGCGGAUGCACAAAGUAGGUUAUCGUACCUUUUCCGCCGCAAUCUGUCACGUUCCCCCUCCCGACAUGUUAUCAAGAACGACGAGGACGAGGACGAAGAGACGGAGUCACCAAGCUUCGUGCUGGUUGAAAUACUGCAGGCCCUAGAGCGGGAUGGAAUGCAGCCGGAGUAUUACGUUGAAAGGGCGAAUGCUCUAGUGGACUUGUUCAAGCGGCAUCCGACGCUGAAGUACGAUCUGGCAUGGUCUAUAUUUGGAUUGAGGAUGCAGACGAUGCUUCUCAGUGAGAGUCGAGAGGUGGUGGCGGCUGCAUAUCGAGUAAUGCGAUAUGCAAUCACAGAUCGGAAGUCGUUACAAAUCAUCAGAGGACUUCAUACCGAUUACCUUGUCAUUCUAUCAUUGGUUAAGGAAAGCAAAGUGAGCGUGGAACGCGAACAAGCUAUGAAAUUCGUCAGAGCAUUCUUGGAUGUCAAGAAUGGUGUGGAGGAGAUCUCGCGCGCGGUCGUUCGUAUCGUUGUGGCAGUAGCCGAGCAUACAGACGAUCGACUGAAGAAUAUCGCGAUCCUUACCCUGGCGGAAAUCCUGGUCAAAAAGCCCCAAUUGCUCGCUUCUGCUGGCGGCAUGGGCACUCUUACCGAUGCCCUGGGUGAGGCUAACUAUCUUGCGGCGGAAAGUGUAGGGAGCACUUUCUUAUACUUGCUUGACACGCCACGACGCCGGAAGUUUUUGAGAUCUGGCCAUGAAUUACAAAUGCCUUUUGCGAUAUUCACCGAUGCGGGAGCAAUAUAUGGCUCAACACACGAAGACAAGUUGAAAAGGAAUGCCGACCUCAUUGCAAGCCUGCUUCGCAGUUGGCCUGGAUUGCUGGCUUUAUGUGCGAAUGACUUCCAGGCGAUCAAAUCGCUUCUUCUAUCACUCCAGAUUCCCACACCACAUGUUCGAAAAACUCUUUUGGAGCUAUUAUACGACAUUUUACGCAUCAAACCCCCAUCAUGGUCAUCAUCUUUCCUCGCAGGUCGACGACUGACCACGUACGGCCGUGUUACCAAUCUCAAGAACCAACCUGCAAAGGGAUCAACGGAGACAAGUACAGACGAUGGAACCAACAAGUGGAAUCUUAUGGAGCACUACGUUGCCGUCGUUCUAGCAGUUUUCCUACAUGCGGGUCUUGUACCAGCUUUGUUGCGUGCUGAGGAGGAUCCAUUAACGCUUACACUGCAACGACAGACCACGCUUCUGCUCGGAGAGGUACUGAAGAUGGCGAACGAAUUGCUACCUCCAUCGUGGAGUGCUGGACUUCAAGUCUUACCGCAAUUACUACACUCCGCUGCUAAGUGGGGGAGUGAGGACAGAUUCAAUGCCAUCGGAACUAUCUACCAGGUGGACAGCGUCAACAGGACCCUCUAUAGAUCAGGCCCGGCCACUACAUACACUACCAAAACGACUCUAGCGACUGAUGGCGUUUCUGCCAGAAGGGAGACAGAUCCGAACAAGUCCCAGGCGGCAAUGCAAAUGGACGAGGCCUCGUUCAGGGCUCUGAUGGUGGACACCCAGGUCCUCAAUACAGUCAAUUUCACUAAAUGGCGAUGGGAUCUGAUUCCGAACAUCCUUGAUGGGCCUCUUCUAAAUGCGAAACGACUCGAUGAGGCUAUGAAAGCUACGAAGUUCGUGCAUCGCCUCCUUGGAUUCUACAGACCCUUCAAAUGGCGCUUCUCUGAAGUCAAGAACACAAAGCCAAAUCAGCGUUAUGUUCGCAUAGGGUGUUCAUUGCUCAAUACCUUGCUCCAAAAUCCGGAAGGUGUUCGCUAUCUCAGUGAAAGCAAAUUCAUUCGACAAGUUGCGGAGUGUCUAUCUCACUUUGACAGAAUGAGUGGAUUGACCUCCGAAUCCCCGAUGUUCCAGCGAGAACGCAUGAAUGAGACCUUGACAUGGGGCUACUUCGCACUUCUGGGCGCUCUCACCAAAGAUCCAAAGGGUAUUCAAAUCCUCGAGCGUUGGAGAGUGCUCAAUAUGUUCUACCACAUCAUUGAGCUGAAUGACCGUGACGACCUGAUUCGGACGCUUCUCAACAACAUGGAUUAUUCACUGGACGGACACCUUCGCAUUAUCAUUUCCAAAGCAAUGACAUCGUGUUCGAAAGACAUACGCAUAUUCUCCACGAGACUACUACGCAAGUACGCUACGAAGCCAAUGCAAGAUCCCGACUCAGCCUCCAUCGCAGAGUGGGCAAUACGAUUGCUAGUCACGCAAUUGUACGACCCAGAGGUUGAAGUCUGUGAGGUUGCCAUCAGGAUUUUGGAAGAAGCAUGCAAUCAGACGGAAUCACUCGAGUUUGUUGUCAAAUGCCGUCCAGCGCUAGAUCAUUUGGGCGAGAUUGGUGCUCCGCUCCUGCUUCGAUUCUUGUCAACCUCAGUCGGUUACCAUUACUUGGAUGGAUUGGAUUAUAUUACAAGAGAAAUGGACGAUUGGUUCUUAGGUCGAAAUGACUCGUAUGUCGCGCUCAUCGAGGCUUCCAUGGCUCGAGCACUGGCCAACAUUCCUGAGAAGCCACACGGUUUGACUUCCAUCGAUGAUGCACCGGAGCAUCUUGAAUACGGCAUUGUGCCUCCACACUUCUAUCGAGAGCUCACUCGAACGAAGGAAGGGUGUAAGCUUCUCGAACAGAAGGGCCAUUUCGACGAAUUCGUGACGACCCUUGUCGACUUUGCCAUGGAGAAUGACGAUGCCGAGACGAUUUUGAAAGUAAAAGGCUGCCUAUGGGCGAUUGGCAACGUUGGAUCGAUGGAAUUGGGUGCUCCUUUCCUUGAAAAGACGGAUGUAGUGAAAUGGGUGAUCAAGAUCGCGGAAACCUCAGAAGUCAUGUCACUACGAGGCACGGCAUUCUAUGUCUUAGGUCUCAUUUCUAGGAGUUUGCAUGGUCAAGAGAUUUUGCUGGAGUAUGGAUGGGACGGGGUCGUGAAUGAGUCCGGCGAGGCUCUGGGCUUCUGUCUUCCAUUGGACUUCAGGAAGCUCUUCCAGAUUACACCUUGGACAGCAAAGCCAGAAAACAUGAGUCUGAGGCGCAAGGCUGCUGUCACAAUUGCCGUCACAGACAAUGAUCCGGUCAAUGCACGAAUCCUCAAGCUGGCCACCGAUUUGGGCAAUACUGUCCUUGCCAAAAAGGCGGCCAACGACUUGCAAGCUAUCAAGCUCAAGAAAGCGCCCGGAUUCACGAAGUCAGCUAUGUUCCACAAAGUCAUGCAAGUGCUCGAAGCGCAUCACUUCCGCCUCCCCGUGUGUCGCUUCGUUCUCGACCUGUUCGACAAGCGUGUACUGCGACAGAUCGUUCUCGAUGAAGAGGAUGAUGAGGAUGACGGCGACGAUGGCGAGGGUUCGGAUAGCAGCGAGAGCGAUUCCGAAGACGAGAACGGCCCUGCCGGCCAAGCAUACUGAAUUGAUAUCCUACUCACUCACGAAAAUCUCGCAUGGGUAAAAGCUGGACGGGGGUGCCUAAGGAACGGAUAGACCUGGAGGAGUUAAUUUUGGUCAAAGUCCCGGCGUCAUGGUAAGAUUUGUAACACUUUUUCUCUUUCCUAGUUUUUUGUACGAUACCGGGAGCUGGUGGGGCGGCUUUUGAGCGUUCAUCUUCCCUGGUUCACGUCCAUCCCUCUCUCUCUCCCUCUUUCUCUUUUUUGCUCUUCUCGUCUGCGGCAGAGGUCUACAUAUAUUUCGCAAUGAGCCGUCUGGGACGGGGGACCGUAACGAGGAAAUCACACUACGCAUGCAAAAGCACUUGCUCACCAUGAAGAUACUUCGACGAUGAAGAGGGAACGAAAAUACGGGCAAGCAGAGCGUAACAUAGAGGAAAAAAAAUAUCAUCAUCAAGUAUCUAUCCAUCUGUCCACAAGUUCUUCAAAUAUAUCAACCACACCGACCAUUC